AUGGCAAGUCUUUUUCGACGGCGUUCAACAUUUAAGGGCCUAGCACAAAGUAUUACCAAUUCAAUAGCAUUGCGCAGACUCACUAAAUCGUCUGUAGAUGUACCCCAGAAACCUAAAAUAAAGCUUGAGAACACUUAUAAACUGAAUCCAGAUGAAGGCAAGGGCUUCGUGACAUCUCGGGUACAUCGUGCUAUUACAGAUGUCCUCAAUUCUAAUUUACAAGAUGUUACAUAUAAAGCAAAUACGGCGGGUACACUCACAGAAAACCUAACCGAAAUGAUUAAAUCGCGAGUAAAAUUGUUAAUGUUUGAUAGAUAUAAGAUCGUUUGUAAUGUCAUGUUAGGACAGAGUUCUGAUCAAGGCAUGGAAUCUGCUAGUAGAUGUGUAUGGGAUGAUAAAACUGAUAAUUUCUGUUGUGUUACGUACAGGAACAAAUCUAUCAUAGUUAUAGCCACCGUUUAUGGAGUUUAUUUUGAGUGA